UUUCCCCCCCCCCCCCCACCUCCUCCUCCCGCCAGCCCCACAGCUGGGGGUGGUUCUCGCCUGGCCGCCCUCCUUCCUCCCCUCCCUCCCUCUCUGCCGGCGGGCUGCUCCCUCCCCGUGGGGCGCAGGGAGGCGAGCCCGCCCGCCCGGGAUGCCAUGGCUCCGCCGGGCUCCGCGCUGCCCGCCUGCCUGCUGGGGCUGCUGCUGCUUGUCUGCCGCGGAGAUUUUGGCCGUUCCUCCGAGCUGGCGUUUGUUGUGGAGCCUAGUGAUGACAUAGCUGUGCAGGAGCAGCCCUUGAUCCUCUACUGCCAGGUGGAGGGCAUCCAGCCCAUCACCAUCACGUGGCGGAAGAAUGGCGUGAUGAUCGUGGACAGUGAGAAUGCCUUUAUGUUGGCCAAUGGGUCUCUCUACGUCUCCCGCUUCCAGAGGGUCCGGGGAGAUGGGUCCUCGGAUGAAGGCGAGUACGACUGCAUGGCACAGAACCACUAUGGGCUGCUGGUGAGCCGGAAGGCAAAGAUUCAGGCAGCAACAAUGUCUGACUUCCACAUCCACCCUCAGAAUGCAGUGGUGGAGGAAGGCGGUGUAGCAAGAUUCCAGUGCCAGAUCCACGGCUUGCCUGAGCCAGUCAUCCUAUGGCAUAAGAACAGCAUGCCAGUCAACACAGACAAUGAAAGGUACACGCUGCUUCCCAAGGGGGUUCUGCAGAUAACGGGGCUAAGGGCAGAAGACAGUGGGAUAUUUCACUGCGUUGCCACCAAUAUUGCUAACGUGAAGUUCAGCCGGGAGGCCCGGCUCACUGUGUCAGGCUCCCACUCCACCGUGUACAAGGACCCCAUGAUCCUCGUGGGCCCGGAGAACCUGACGCUGACCGUGCACCAGACGGCGGUGCUGGAGUGCAUCGCCACCGGCAACCCCCGGCCCAUCGUCUCCUGGAGCCGCCUCGACGGCCGCCCGAUUGGCGUGGAGGGGAUCCAGGUGCUGGGCACAGGAAACCUCAUGAUCUCGGACCUCACAGUGCAGCAUUCUGGCAUCUACGUGUGCGCCGCCAACAAACCCGGCACGCGCGUGCGCCGCACCGCGCAGGGCAGCCUCGUCGUGCAAGCCCCAGCAGAGUUUGUGCAGCAUCCCCAGUCCAUUUCCAGACCCGUGGGGACUACUGCCAUCUUCACAUGUGUGGCCCAAGGGGAACCCCCUCCCCAGAUCACGUGGCUGAGGAAUGGGCAGAUCCUGGAGACCAGCGACCACAUCAAGCUGAAGAAUAACAACAGCACUCUCUCCAUCUAUGGGAUCAACCAGGCCGAUGAAGCCAUCUACCAGUGCCUGGCCGAGAACAGCGCGGGCUCCACGCAGGCCAGCGCCCGCCUCACCGUGCUGUGGGCUGAUGGGCUGCCCAGCCCUCCUCAGAGCGUGAAGGCAGAGACUGUCUCUGCAACCACCAUCCAGGUGUCCUGGGAAAAGCCUCUGCAGAACACCAAGGAGAUCAUUGGCUACGUGCUGCACAUCCGGAAAGCUGCAGAUCCCGUAGAGAUGGAGUACCAGGAGGCUGUUAGCAAGAGCACCUUCCAGCAGCUAGUGACUGAUCUGGAGCCCUCAACCAGCUACAGCUUUUAUAUAAAGGCUUACACCUCGCGGGGUGCCAGCAAAGCCUCAGAAGUCACGGUGGUGAGCACGCUGGGGGAAGUCCCAGCCAUGCCAUCCCUCUUUAUUAAAGUCAUUAACAGCACCACCGUGCAGGCAACGUGGGAGCCCUCCAUCAAACUGGGCCAGCACGAAGGCUUCAAGCUGUAUUACCGCAAAGUCCACCUCUCCCAGUACACAGGUCCAGUGCUCCUGGCCAGCAACAUCACAGCCUACAACAUUACCCACCUGGAUGCGUCAGUGGUGUAUGAAGUCAAGCUCCUUGCCUACAACCAGCACGGGGAUGGAAACUCCACUGUCCGCUUCGUGUCCCUGAGGGAAACUGUGGAGAGGACAGUGCUGAAUCCUCCCUGUGACUGCAUGAAGGACGAGCAGAACAAUAAAACCUCCACGACCGGCAUCAUCAUCGGGAUCCACAUCGGCGUCACGUGCAUCAUAUUCUGCAUCCUCUUCCUUAUGUUUGGGUACCGAGGAAGGCUGCUGAUGUGCAAAAAUGUGCAGGAGCAGCUGUCAACCCCUCAGAUCCCCCGGAGCCAGCGGAGUGCCACAGGACUUGUCCUAAACGGGGCCACUCGUAGAGACAGGGAUGACCGGGACUUGAACGGAAAGCAGCUGGAUAUGAAUGAGCUGGAGAGGUUAUUCCCAGCAUCCCCAUCCCAGGAGCAGCAGGAGAAGGGAAUAACGUCGGCUCACAGCCUGUCAGCCCCCCAUGAUGAAACCCAGAUCUCCACACUCCCUCUAGAUGAGUUCAGCAUCAUUGAGGAGCAGCCAGACCCCCUCCCAAAAAACUCCCAUGCCAGCAGUCCUGCUGCUCCGGCUCCCAACCACGGUUCUGCCAAUGAAGGAUAAAACUGCCAAGACUCAAAGCCUCUUGUAGGAGUUACCAGAAACCAAACCCACGGCUGGUGAUGUCUUUACGAGUUGUCAAUCUCAGGUCAAUUGAAGAUUUCUACGGUCUGAUUGUUAUUUUUUUGUUUUGCUUUAUUUUUAUAUAUAUAUAUAAAUAUAUAUAUAUAUAUAUAUGUAUGUAUACAGCCUUUUGGAAACUCUGUGAAGUUUAUCUUUCUGACCUCUCUUGAGCCUCUCAAUGUGUUUCUUCCGAUGAUGGCUGUCUGGAGAGUGGUCAUGAUGGAUUUUCCCCACAGCUGCUACGUAACAGACUCCUUGGCAGAGUUUGGCAAACUCUCCAGUCUCUGACAGACUGGGGAUACAGUGGAGCCCCCAUCUCUUGGCAUCCCAGACUUUUUCCUGAUCAGCAGCUUUAGGACUACUUUUUGGAUCUAUUUUUUAUUUCCAGAAGACUGGAUUUGGAAAAAUCCUUCUAACUUGACUCCAAAAAUUGAGCCUAGGAAGGCUGUCUCUCCGUGGAUUUGAUGAUUUUGUACACUUUUACUAUUUCUCAGGAUACUUUUUUUGCUGAUUGACUCUAAAUAAUAUGAAAAAAAAAAAAAAAAAAGAGUGUGUGUGUGUCAAAGGAUGCCUGAGGGCUACUGAAAGACUUGGACAGACAACCCGAGUGAACUCAGAACCUACCUCAACCGGAAUGAAUGUCUUCUGGGAAGCAGAAAUACCUGCGUCUUCCUUCGUGUUCAAACAAACAAGUAGCAUAGCACUUGGUCAGUACAAGCAUGGUCCUACCUCAGCAGUCACGCUCUGUACCCGCCACCUUGGUGGCUUCCUUGUUGUCGUUCCCAUGUAAAGCACUUCCAAACCUUUGAAAGCAAUGUUCUACCUCAAGUGUGAUAGAAACUCGUGUGUGUAUGUGUGUGUGUGUGUGUGUGUUUGUCCUUCCCUCCCCCUCAAUUCCUGCCUCUCCCACCCAGCCCCACAUGAAGCACGAUGCUUCACUGGUGUUAUGAGCUUUACUUUUGGGGGCUCCAGUGUGAUUUUGUGUGGCGGAGAUUUGUGUUGUGGUUUUUUACUUUAAAGAUUGUUGGGGCUUUCACAGAUAAGCAACGUGAUGCCCUGUGGCUCCCUGGCACCACUGCCUUCCAGGGCUGAUUUGGGCACUGGUUCCAUCCUAGGUUUGAAGAGAUGGAGUACUCAGAUUCCAGUGCUGGGGCUAGAGCACCCUCCUGCCACAUCAGUGUACUGUUCCCCAGGGCUGAUUCCCAGCAGGAUGAUCUAUGGCAUGCACUGGCACAAGCAGCACAACACACCCUUGGGAGGUGGGAACCUGGACAUCACUGUCUUGUCCCAAAGCCCACCCUGCUAUCGGGAGCACUGUGGGGAAGCCCCAGUAGAGCACUUCCCCAGCAGAGCACUUGAGAUGCUGCUGAGCUGCCCCCAGCUCCUCCAGCGCCAUCCCAGCCACAGAAUGUCCAAAGGAUGAGUGGAGCCAAAAAAGGCUCGGUUCCUCGGGAGGGACAAGGCAAGGAGGAUUCUGGGGGCUGCCAGAGCUGCCCCUUCCCCAUGCCCAUGGUGGGCAAAGGAGUUCCUGACACCAAAGAGAGGGUCUGUCCCAUCCAGAGAUCAACCACCAACCUGACACUGUAGAGGUUGGGUUGUCCUGGCGUGGUGCAGCCUUGUGAGUCAGUGUGUGACCGGCAUUGCCCAUGGGUGAGAUGGGGGCACACAUGGGGGACAGGGACACCAGGUGCCAGCUGGUGCCAGAGGGCAGCCCUUUCCCUGCUGUGUGAGGUGGUUAAAUCCAGGCAAAUGUGAAGGUUUGAUCUCUUUGUGUAGGUGGUGGUAAAUCAAACGUUGCUGUAUUCACAAGGACAGUGAAUGGAAUCAGGAAAGGAAAUUAGUUUAAGUUUUUUAAAAGGAUGAAUUGCAUUUUUUAAAAUGGUACCAGUGGGAGAGUCCCUUGUGUCAAAAACACCCCCAUCACCUGCCCAGCUAGCAAUGGGAUGCAACCAAUGGCUGUGUAAAUAGUACAAUAUACAGGAGGCUGAGUAAAUGCCUCUUCCCUGAGCUGAGUCCUGGUGCUGGGCAGGGUUACCUGGGAGCAGGACUCUGUCCUCAUCCAGCUUGGCCCAAGAAGAUGUAAUGGCACCAACCUCAAGAGCAAGGAGCUGUUCAGGCUCGGUGUUCCUAGCCCUCUUCCAUUAAAAUUCGUCCUCCUGUAGACAUCAUGCAGAACAGAAAAGAUCAAAGGGUUAUAUUUUGGCAUUAACACCCCCAAACAGCCUUUCCCCACCCCACCAAAGAGGCUAAAUGGGCUGUCAGAUGAUCCCUGCUCACACCUGUGAUGCUGGACCUGGAGACAGCCUGGGGAAGGACUCUGGGGGGACAGCGCUGCGUGAGACCAAGGGCACAGCCCACCCAUCACAGGAGCCAGAGGAUGCCGGGGUUAGGGCAAGGCAGGAGGGAGGAGAAGACACCAUACAGCUCGAGUUAUAACCUCAUAUCAAAGACAACCUGAUCCUCUCCUGCCAUCCUGCUCCCACUCCAGCCCAGUUUUUCUUUUUAUUGUUUUUUUUCAUGUGUGUAAUGCUGCCGUUCACAUUGAAUAAGUACCGUUGCCAAAGUGAACACAGAACCUAGAGUAGUGUUCAGCUCAGACUUCCUGGAGCUGUGAACAUGCUAUUAAUUUAAUAUCAUAUUAUUGUGAUAUUGUAAUAGUAACAAGUAUUUGUCACUACUUCCUUUUAUUAAAGGGAAAUUCUGUGCCAUUUGACUAGUUGGAAUAUAAUAGUAUGUCAAGAAUAGAGUUUUUUCUUUUGUUAUUUUUAAUUAUGCAGAAACAUGGUGGCUUAAACCAAUGCAGAUUCUGUGUUGGUUUGAGAUGGUUGAAGAUGGAUGUAAAUCUUUAAAGACUAUUUUUUAGAUGUUUAGCUUUUCCUCUUUUUUGGGGUUUCUUUUCUGCUUUUAUCAAUUUGUACCAUUGGGACCAAACACAGACAGUUGUGGCAGCUCAGCCCCUGAAGGGAUGAGGCUGAAGUCUGGUGAUCCAUGAGGAUCCAUGGUCUUCCCUAAAUUAUCUAAGUCCACCAAACUGGGCAAAAAAACCCACUCAAAAUUACAUAUUGGCUUUGUGCCUCUGGCUGCCACUAAGCUGGAAAAGCGACACGUAACAGCCCACUCGCUGUACUGCAGUGCUUGAACGGGUCUGGAGGCAAAACUGUCCCAACCCAAAACCCCAAACAUCACCUCGUGAAUGUCUGGCCCUUAAUCUGUGAAAUGAGGAGGAAAAAAGAAUUUAAAAAAGAGCUUGUGUUUGGUUUCAGCAUGGGGGACAGUCUGUCCUUUGUUCAUCCAAACUGCUGCCCUGGGUUUGAAGGAAACUGAUAGAAUUUAAUUCUGUGUUCGGGGCACAGUUGUACUCAAGUAGACAAGUUGUACUCGGGCAGACACGUUGUAUUUAGGUGCAUAUGGGACAGUAGGUCCCCGUGUGUGGCAGAUGGGCUGUGCCAUAGGAAAGGGGUCGAGGCAUCAGUUGAUGUCCCCAGAGCAGAGGCUGAGGCAGCCAGACAGUCCCAGGGUGGUUCCCAGGGCCUUUCACCAUCAGCACCCACCUGCCAGCCAAGGGCAGCACCCCCUUCACACUCCUUUACACACCACAACAUUUAAGGAACAGCUUGCCAGGUUUCUUAUGCCUUUUUUCUCCCCCCAACUUUUUCCUGAUGAGAGGAAUCAGUUCUACCCAGAGAUACAACCACUGGAUAUCAGGCAGGUGUUAGAUCCAGUGCAAACUGCUGGAAACUGCCUGUGUUUGGGGUAGGAAUCUGAUCCUACAGUAUUUUUCAAAUAAUUACACUAAUUCAACCUGUUGCCUUUUCUCAGCUGAUCCCCAAAAUUUUCUGGCUGUGGUGAGAUAAAUUAUAGGAAGGAAUAAAUAUCCAAAAGCUGAUUUUUUUUUUAAUUUUUGGUAACCCAUAAUGGGCAGAACCUAUUCUUGGAGAUCUCAAGUUAACCAGAGAUGGCUGCUUCCUCAGGGAUAGUAUCCACAUUGUCUUUAGUUGAACAGGGAAUAGUUUUAUGCUGUGACAGGGUAUUUUCACACUGUUGGAUUCAGGUAUUUAUUUGUCUAUCGUUAUCUUUCUUCUUCCUCGUUUUGUAAAGGGGCUGAUACAUUUAAGUGCUGGACCAGUUUGGGAAUUUUAAAGCUUCCACCCAAAAUUAUACCAAGGGACUGUAGGUUUUAAAUUGGCAAUAAGAGGAGAGAAGCUAUGAAGUGUUGUUGCCUCUGGAUAGUGAAGGGAAGAGUUUUGCUGCCUGUGGGGUGUUCCUCUGGGAUAACCAUCCCAUGGCAUUUCAGGGGGGAUCAGUGCGGUGUCUGAGCCCUCUCUGAUAGCACUUAAGUCUGGGAAAAUUGGUUAAAAAAAGGAAAUUAAAAGCUUAUGAAAACAAAGUGGGGGGAGCUCCUUGCUUCAUCUGUGCAAACAGUGUGUGGAAAUCUAUCCGUCCCCGUGCGUGCUGGAGCAGGCAGGUUACAGAUCCCAUCGAGCAAUUUGAUGCCAGCUCAUUUAUUUCCCUCACCCGCCAAAUUAAAAAAAGGGAAAGGAAAAGGAAGGUGCCUGGGCUGGAGCUGCGGGCAGGGAGAUGGGGACGAGUGAAGCACCAGCACCCCCAGGCGAAAGCACUGCUGGCACAGGGCCAUGGCACUGAAACCCCUGGAAGACGGGGAAUCGGGGAAAUGGCUCCAGGCUUACUCCAAGGGCAGAGCCUGGGCUUCAGCACCGUGUGGGAAGAAGGGACGGGGCCAGUGCGAAGCGAGUCGGGGACAAGUCUGAUUUCACGGGGCUUUGGAUCAGGGUCCGACUUAAAAAGCAAAGAGGGAUUUGUACUUUGAUCCUAUUUCCAUCAUUUAAACUUGCAAUAUCUUUACGUUUGUAAGAAAAUCAUAAUAAAACCAAUGCUAAACCUUUGUCCCAGUCCUUUUUGGGAUUCAACUGUUAGCAGUAAUACUAAAAACCCAAAUUGCAAAGCACUUUUCUACUGUUUAUUUUCUACCUUUCUUACUUUGAACUGUCGUGAUAUUGAAAUCCCACUGAUCCCACGAUUGUUAGCUCUGUAUUAAAAAAAUAAUAAUAAAACCCAGGUUUUUUGUAGUUUGCUCUGUUUAGAUUUUAGCCUGUGGCUACUUGUACAAGGAAAAUAAAACUAGAAUAAAUGA